CCCGCCCGUCUCCCCUACUCUGCGGGUCCCUGACACCUCCUCACCCACCACCGGAAGUUGGUGCCAGGAUGAGACUGUGCAUCUGGUCUUUGGUCCUGGCAGGCCAGCUCUGGACUGAGACUUCUGCAGGACUGACUGCCCUUCCGAGCCCGGGGGACAGAGGGUCUUGCAGAUGGCCCCACUCCCAGGAGCAGAGCUGGUCCAGAGGCCACUGCAGCUCUACCGGUACCUGCUGCGCUGUUGCCGGCAGCUGCCAACCAAGGGCAUCCAGGAGCAUUACAAGCAUACUGUCAGGCAGAGUUUCCGGGUUCAUUCAGAUGAAGACAAUCCUGAGAGAAUCCAGCAGAUUAUUAAAAGAGCCAUAGAAGAUGCAGACUGGAUCAUGAACAAAUAUAAAAAACAAGACUGAGGCUCUAGGGCCUAGAGAACGAGUUGCCCUGAAGACAUUGACGUUGAGAGACCUCGCUUACAGAACUACUCAGCAGUGGCACUUUUGGAAUAUGCAUUGGCCUGUUGGCCUAGAGCAGGAAAUCAGGAGUAGGAGAAGCUGACUCUUGCUCACCUGGCUCUUCUUGCCAUGUUUGUUUUCCCCAGCAUCCUUUACAUUUGCUUUUCUGGCCAGUUGCCGUGUGGACUUGGGGAUACUGUGUUUUGUCACUUUGCUCUGAAGGUGAUGCAUUUAUUCUGGAUGUUGUCCUUUGAGACCCAGAGUGGGCAUCCCCUCAGGCUGUGCUGAGAGGACAGGGUGUGGGUUUUCGAACCAGUCGGGUGUGGAUUUGAAUGUCAGUUCUGCAACUUUUCAAGGGUCUUGCCUUUGAGCUCAGAUUCCUCCUUUGUGAAGAUUAAACAUGAUGAUGUUGAAGAGCUUCAUGCAGGAUGUGAUACAUGGUAAUGCAAGUAAAUGUCCCCCCCGGGAGCGCCAUCCUCCACCACUCCUUCCUCUGGACUACGGUGCUCCAUGCAUCUCUCUGGCACAUUCCUCAUCGGGCCCAGGUUGUUUGUGAUCUUGGCCUGCCCUGCUUGGUGUCCCUGAACUUCAGGGUCCCACCAUGCCCAGCAGUCCAUCAAGCAGCCACUCCUCUAGGCUUGGUGGGAAGUCCUUCCUUGAAGUCCAGUCCUUGCCUUUAUGGAGUUUCUUGUGACCAUGAAUUGGUGAAAUGCAGGCUGCAUGGAACAAGGAAGAAAGGCAGAGCAGCUACGGCAGACGCUAAAGCACACAGACCUCUUGUGAACCUGCAGUCUGUUCUGCUGGCCCUUCCCUUCUUUGCCACCAUCUUGGGAGGAAUAAUGGAGGUCGGGAGCAAGCAAGGAGGGAGGUGGGGAGCAAGCGUUCCUGUGGGUUAUGGUGAGCCUGAAACCCUGUGGAGAGACCGACUGGAUCGUGUCCCAAUUCCAUAGGAUUUGCUUUUGGGAACUUACCUGGCCUACUUCAGCCUUGGUUUCCCCAUCUCCUGUGGAGUGGUGCCCACACCUACCUGCCAGGGUGGGAGUGAGGACUAUGGAGCUCUCAUGCGUGUGAGGGGCUUCAUACAGAAGCUGGCUCAGGGAGCUGCCUGCAUGGCUGUGGCCAGUUACCACAGCGAGGAAGCCCAGCUUUGCAGAUGGGGAGAUGGAAGCACAGGCAGUUUGAGCCCCUUUUCAAUGUCACCAAGCUACUAAACGAGGUCUGUCUGAAUGUACCAAACGCCACAGAUCUGGGAGGGAAAGAGGAGCAGAGAGGGAGGGAAAGCAGCCAGGAAGGAUGGGGGGGGGGGGGCACAUGACACGGACCAGAGCAGAGGAGCAGCCAAAAGCAGAAAAGUCGCACUAGGACUUGAGUAUCUCCAUGGACUCUCAGCCAGAGGGAUGAGCCAGCAUGUUUGUGACCUGCCAUGAAUUAUAUGACUUAAAGUUACUCAGAGACAUCUGUAUGCACUUCACUGAUCAGCAAGUAAUGAAGUAAAUAUAUCAGUUU